AUGAAUCAGUAUGAGGACAGAGAGGAGGGAGUCCCUCCCUCUAAAGCCACUCUGUUGGGGGAACUUGAGAGCCAGACCAAAGCUCAGAGGAAGAAACAUCGGCAGAGACCAGACUCUCCUGUAUCCAGCACUGUGUCCAUGAAGAGUGACUGGUCCCAGGGUCGACCUGUUGACUUCAAACAUGGACAGCAGUCUGCAGAUCCUGGACUUCUGCAGCAGAGUUCAGCAGUUUCCAGCAGUCAGUCUGGCCAGCAGCAUCCAAAUGACCUGGACUCCAUAUUUAUGCUGCUGGAGGAGAGCAUCAUGAGUUUUGUGAAGAACGAGCUUAAGAAGAUCCAGAAGGUUCUGAGUCCAGAUUACCCAGAAUGCUUAGAGAGUCAGAAGGAGGAGGAGGAGGAGGAGGUGUUGAAGGGUGAAGAUGAAGAGCAGAGGAGGAGCAGCAGAGAGUCAUUUCUGCAGAUCACACUGCACUUCCUGAGGAGAAUGAAGCAGGAGGAGCUGGCUGACUGUCUGCAUAGCAGAACACAUGAUAAUGUUUGUCAGGAGAAACUCAAGUCUAACCUGAAGAAGAGGUUCCAGUGUGUGUUUGAGGGGAUCGCUAAAGCAGGAAACCCAACUCUUCUGAACCAGAUCUACACAGAGCUCUACAUCACAGAGGGAGGGACUGCAGAGGUCAAUGAUGAACAUGAGGUCAGACAGAUUGAAACAGCAUCCAGGAAACCAGACAGAGCAGAAACAACCAUCAGACAAGAAGACAUCUUUAAACGUGCGUCUGGAAGAGAUGAACCAAUAAGAACAGUGAUGACAAAGGGAGUGGCUGGCAUUGGGAAAACUGUCUUAACACAGAAGUUCACUCUGGACUGGGCUGAAGGCAAAACCAACCAGGACAUCCACUUCACAUUUCCAUUCACUUUCAGAGAUCUGAGUGUUCAGGAGUUUCUGGCUGCUCUUCAUGUCCAUCAGACCUUCAUCAACUCUGGUGUCAACCUGAUGGAAGAACAACAAACAAUUUCCAAGAAGCCAAAAGCAUUUAAAGAGAAACCAAAACUAAGACAUCUCCACCAGAGAGCUGUGGACGAGGCUUUGCGGAGUUCAAAUGGACGGCUGGACUUGUUCCUGCGCUUCCUCCUGGGAUUUUCACUGCAGACCAAUCAGAAACAUCUAAAACGUCUGCAGCAGACAACAAGCUCAGACUCCAAUCAAAAAACAGUCGAGUACAUCAAGAAGAAGAUCAGUGAGAAUCUGUCUGCAGAGAGAAGCAUCAAUCUGUUCCACUGUCUGAAUGAACUGAAUGAUCGUUCUCUAGUGGAGGAGAUCCAACGGUCCCUGAGAUCAGGAAGUCUCUCCACAGAUAAACUGUCUUCUACUCAGUGGUCAGCUCUGGUCUUCAUCUUACUGUCAUCAGAAGAACAUCUGGACGUGUUUGACCUGAAGAAAUACUCUGCUUCAGAGGAGGCUCUUCUGAGGCUGCUGCCAGUGGUCAAAGCCUCCAACAAAGCUCUGCUGAGUGGUUGCACACUCUCAGAGAGAAGCUGUGAAGCUCUGUCCUCAGUUCUCAGCUCUCAGUCCUCUAGUCUGAGAGAUCUGGACCUGAGUAACAACAGCCUGCAGGAUUCAGGAGUGAAGCUGCUUUCUGCUGGACUGAAGAGUCCACACUGUGAACUGAAAACUCUCAGGCUCGCGGUGUGUAAACUGUCAUGGAGAGGCUGUGAAGAUCUGUCCUCAGUUCUCAGCUCUCAGUCCUCUAGUCUGAGAGAUCUGGACCUGAGUAACAACGACCUGCAGGAUUCAGGAGUGAAGCUGCUUUCUGCUGGAUUGAAGAGUCCACACUGUGAACUGGAAACUCUUGGUCUGUCAGGUUGUCUGGUCACAGAAGAAGGUUGUUCUUCUCUGGUCUCAGCUCUGAGCGUUAAUUCCUCCCAUCUCAGAGAGCUGGACCUGAGCUACAACCAUCCAGGAGACUCAGGAGUGAAGCAGCUUUCUGCUGCAUUGGAGAAUCUAAACUGGAGACUGGACACUGUCAGGGUGGAAAAUGGUGGAAAACAAAGGUUAAAACCUGGUCUGAAGAAGUAUGCCUGUGAAGUCACACUGGACAGAAACACAGCACACAAGAAGCUCAAACUUUCUGACGGCAACAGAAAGGUGACGCUGGUGAGGGAGAAGGAGCAGCCCUAUCCUGACGACAAAGAGAGGUUUGACCGCUGCUACCAGCUGCUGUGUGGAAAUGGUCUGACUGGUCGCUGUUACUGGGAAGUCGAGUGGAGAGGAGAGGUCGACAUCGCAGUGGCCUACAGAGGAAUCGGGAGAAAAGGAGACGGUGCCAACUGCAGGUUUGGAGGGAACGAUCAGUCCUGGACUCUGAGCUGCUCUGAUGGUGGUUAUUCAGUCCGUCACAAUACCAAAGGAACAUCCAUCUCCUCAUCAUCCCCUGUUUCCAAGAGAAUAGCAGUGUAUGUGGACCAUCCUGCUGGCAUUCUGUCCUUCUACAGAGUCUCCUCCCCUGACUCUGUGAUCCACCUCCACACCUUCAACACCACAUUCACUGAGCCUCUGUAUCCGGGCUUUGGGUUUGGGUUUGGAGGGUUUAAAUAUGUUAGUUUGCAGUGUGCAAAUAAAUCAUGUGACAGUCGAAUGAAUGAUGAAACUCCUCCGUCUGGUUUGCAUCUCUUUGGAGAAGGAUUCAUGCUGCAGCAGGAUAAUGAGCCCAAACACUCCUUCAAACUUCAACUUGAAGAACCAAAGAAGACCAAGGAGAGCAUCAUGGACUUUACUCCACAGUCACCUGAACUCAACCCCAGUAAAACAUCUAUGGAGCAGUUAAAGACAUAA